GGAAAGUGAGAGAGAAAGAGUAACGGAUUGCUGGAAGUAUACCUGAGAAGCAGCAUAGUUGAGCGUGAGGGUCUGGUCCAGCGCUCGUGAAACGAGUGAGAGACGCUAAAGUUUUCCCGUAUAUCUUUUUUCUCACGGUUUUUCUUCUUAUUGACGGGAUCCCGAACAAGCCAGAGACGAUCGAAAGUCGAGAACGCUGCAGCAGUCAUACGGAAGAAGAGAUAGGGAGUGCAAGACUCGCGUACGACUAUCAUCUCCAUGUGAUCUACUACAUGGUUCUGUUGCUCUCGACUUGCGUCUAGUUGAUCUGCGGUCGUGCGUAAAGGGACAAGUGCGAGAACAAUGGGUACUAGGGCCGUUGCCGUUGCGGCGGCGGCAGGUGCUGCCGGGAUGUCUGGCGAGGCAGGAUUGGCUGGUGUACCGAGACUGUUGGAAGAUCUAGCGCGACUCUCCGAGGAUAAGGACUCAGCUGAUAUCGUGUUUCUGCUAGGGAGGGACGAGACCCCAGUUUAUGCCCACAGAAUAAUACUUCAAGCCAGGUGCAAGAAUUUCACGGCCGCCAAGAGAAUCGGCACAGCCAGUAAUCCGACACCGGUGCGAAUGCCGCACGCGCAUCCGGAAACAUUCCGUCAGUUUAUUCGUUACAUCUACACCGGCAUGAUAAUACUACAAGACAGUGGGAUUUUCGAAAUGCUAGGAUUGGCACAAGAACUCGAUAUCGAGGAACUUUGGAGAAGUUGCGAGGAACAUGUAUCUGCCACUUUAAGCCCCGGAAACGCGUGUGCACUUUUAACCGCCGCUUUGGAAGCUCAGGAACGAGUUCCAGGUGGGAAAGCUGCAUGUUCAUCUUUUAUUGAAAAAUGCUUUGCUUUUAUUGGAGAAAAUGCUGUAGAUACUGUAAAAACAACAGCAUUUUGUAAUCUUCCAAAGGAUGCUUUGGUAAAAUUGAUAUCGUCAGACUACCUCGGUUUGGAAGAAGAGGAUGUAUGGCGGGCUGUUCUCAAUUGGGCAAAAUAUCAGGCUGGAGUGACACAACCCACGCAACACUGGACUGAAGAGGAACGUUUAAGAGUGUGUCAACAUUUGUCUGGUGUGAUAAAUCAUGUAAGAUUAUUGCUGAUAGAUAGCCAAGUGUUUGCGGAAGAAGUAGAGCCGACUGGAGCAGUGCCGAUAGAAAUGUCGUUGGAGAGGUACGAAUUUUUCAGUCCCGAUCGAUCGAGCGGCUCGAAAUUUCUAAGGUAUAGGUAUGCAGCUCUGCCAAAUAAGUAUUCGGAGAUUUGCUCUGAUAAACGGCUGCAUCCGCGAGUGAGUCCAUUCCUUUUUCCGAGCUCGCAGAUCCUUUCCAGAGACAAAGUGGGUUUUCAACGACUUUUGAAUCAAUGGUAUGGAGUGCCUAAACAGAGUUGGCGAUUAGUCUAUCGAGCAUCCACUCAUGGCUAUUCUGCUGCGUCUUUUCAUCGACACUGUGAUAACGUUUGCCCAACAUAUGUGAUAGUGCUGGGUGUGCGCGGCGAAAUAUGCGGAGGAUUUAGCGAUGUUCCAUGGGGUAAAACUAACUCGAAAGCACAAUAUAUUGCUUCAGAAAAGAGUUUUUUGUUCUCAUUGACGAAUAAUCAAGAUGUACCACCAACAAAAUUCGAUAUUGUGAAGAAAUCGUUCGCAAUCUGCUAUCAUCCCGAUAUAGGACCAAUCUUUGGUGCCGGAGCUGAUUUGCUCAUAUCGAGCAACUGUAAUGUCAACAAAGAAAGUUACAGCAAUCUUCCGCAUAGUUACGAGGGAGAUCACGCAUCUAAUCAGCUACUCAUGGGAGACUAUCACUUUUCAGUAGUUGACUAUGAAAUUUUCACUCCGAGUCAUCCUGUUCCGAAGUCUAAUCAUUGACUUGAUUAUCGUAAAAUCAGCAUUUGACGAAUAUAUUGCUUAUAUUAUACUGGCCUUUAUUGACUACAUUCAUCUACAAAAAGUGCUAACGAGACGUAGUGUCAACAGUGAUCAACAAUAAUAAGUAAUUCGUUGAAAUUUUAUCUAACAAAUAUACAUCAAAUACGAGAGGAAUCUUGGAUUGCGCUACGAACAAAUGUAUGUAAGAAUAAAUGUUAAUAUACU